GCGAUUCGCGGACGAAUAAAAAGCGCGUCCCGUGAACGGCGGCUCGAUCAGUGGCCGUGUACCGGGACCCGUGGCAUGCCAUCCGAGUGAUCGAACAUGAUAGGGAAAAGAUUAGACGUGUUCUUGUUGCUGCUCACCAUCAUUGCUGCGUGCCUUAUCGUCAUCGUGGCCGACGCUUCACCAGUGGUACGGUUUCCGGGUUUUACCGAUUCGCCGGAUAGCAACGAUGUAGCAGCGUGGGAAGAGGAAGGUUCUCUAACCGUGGCCACACCAGCAGCAGCAGCAGCAGCUGGUUCACCGGACCACGAUCGAUGCUGCCUCGGGGCGAUAAAGCCAAUCGUGCUGACCGCGAAACCCAGAUACAAGUACGUGGUAGUGCCACCCCUGAGCAUAACCUAAGCUCCGCCGUCGACGAUACCAUCUUGCGCCCGCCAUGGUGAGGGACAAAGGGAGUGAAGACCAAAUAGACGUGGCAGCUCAUUUCUGAUUUUUGCA